AUGAAGAUUCCUAAGUUUUGUGACUCAAGAAAAAUAAUCGCUACGAUGUACUCGGAAGAAGCAGGAGCGAGUUGUUCUUCUUCUUCUCGUAAGAGACAUCUCGAAGACAGAAUAGGAACCUCAGAAGAAAAAAGGAAAAGAAUGAGAGAUUAUUAUCCUCGUGAUCAGAACACAACAAUCAUCCCUCAUGGUUGGCUACAUUGUCCUCGUUUUGGUCACGAAAUCGGAUGCAUCGUUCCUUCAAAAGUUCCUCUCAGUGUCUACAACAAUAGUGUUCCUCUUGAAAAAAGAUACACUUUCAAACAGUGGGUUACUAAUACAGAUAAGAAGCCAAUUGGUAUGGUGAUUGAUCUCACCAACACGGCUCGUUACUAUGAUCCUAGCACAGAGUUAAGACAGGAAGGCAUCCACUAUGUUAAGAUUCGUUGCACUGGUCGUGAUUCCGUGCCAGACUAUCUCUCUGUGAACACAUUUGUCAACGAAGUUAAUCAGUUCGAGAAACACAACUUGUCAAACAAGUAUGUUCUCGUUCAUUGUACGCACGGCCAUAACCGCACAGGGUUCAUCAUUGUGCAUUACCUCAUGCGCACGAGGCCGAUGAUGAGCGUCACACAGGCUCUUAAAACGUUUUCUGAUGCCCGCCCGCCCGGUAUCUACAAACCGGAUUACAUCGAUGCUCUGUACAGUUUUUAUCACGAAGUCAAGCCUUUGAGUGCCGUUUGUCCAACCACUCCUGAAUGGAAGAGGUCUGAAAACGAGUUUUCACCACUUGCAACGCAAGAAAACGAUCAGCAUGAGGAGAAUGUUAAGAAGAAUAUGACAAAUGACGACGUUUUGGGGGAUGAAAUACCAUGGGAGGAGGACGUUUGUUACCGAAAAGUUUGCUAUGAGUUGAUGAAUAUCAAGGGAGAAAGAGAUAUGAAGUUUCCGGGCUUGCACCCUGUGUCCUUAGACAAGGAAAGAUUACAACUUUUGAGGCAGAGAUACUAUUACGCGACAUGGAAGGCAGAUGGAACUCGGUACAUGAUGCUCUUGACUAGAAAAGGGUGUUAUCUGAUAGAUAGGAAGUUCAGAUUUAGAAAGGUGAAAAUGCGGUUUCCUUGUAGAAGUGAUCAUGAUAAAGUGCAUCAUUACACAUUGCUUGAUGGAGAGAUGGUUGUAGAUAACUUUGUGGAUGGAAAAAGGCAGGAAAGGAAUUACCUUGUCUAUGAUUUGGUGGCAAUCAACGGGGAAUCAGUGACAGAGUGGCCUUUCAGUGAAAGAUGGGAACUUAUCGAUAGAGAAGUGAUCAAGCCACGUAGUGAUGAGAAGAAGGUGACAAAUCAUCGGUACAUAUACGAGCAGGAGCCUUUUGGGAUACGGAGAAAGGCGUUUUGUCUACUCUCUGCUGUGGAGGAGAAGCUUUUCAACAAGUUGAUUCCUUCGCUUCCUCAUGAAUCUGAUGGACUGAUCUUUCAAGGGUAUGACGAUACUUAUGUUUACAGAGAAAACAGAGGUUUACUCAAGUGGAAGUUUGUGGAUACUGUUGACUUUCUGUUUGAGAUGGGCAGAGAUGGGAGUCAAAUGCUCUUCUUGUAUGAACAUGGGAGGAAGAAGCUUAUGGAAGGCUACUCGGUUGAGUUUAGAGGUGAUGGUUGGGACCACCCGGCUAGUUACUCCGGGAAGCUUUUAGAGUGUUCAUGGGAUAAGGAGAAGGAUGUAUGGGUUACUAUGCGGGUCAGGGUUGAUAAAUCUGAACCAAAUGGUGUAAGAACUGCUCUUAGCGUGAUAAAAAGCAUAAAUGAUGGUAUCACCAAGGAAGUUUUUGUGCAGGAGAUCAGAGAGAUUAUUCGUCUUCCAAUGUACGUUGAGCGCAUUCGAAUGGACACUCAGGCCUACGAACGCCGCAAGCAUGGAAACUGCAGAGCCUGA